AUGGCCUGGACUUCACUGGCCCCCGUUCUGCUUUCUGCCUUAGUGGCGCAGCUUGCACUAUGCCAGAACCUGACAUACACCAACCCUAUUCUGCCAGGCUUUCAUCCCGAUCCCAGCUGCAUUCUCGUCGCUGAAUGGGACAAUACCUUUUUCUGCGCCAGUUCGAGCUUUUUAGCCUUUCCUGGCAUUCCCAUCCAUGUCAGCAAAGACCUUCAACGCUGGCAGCUGAUUGGCAAUGUUCUCAAUCGUCCCGGGCAGCUUCCUGAACUCGCCAAUACCAGCAGGCAGACUAGUGGAAUCUGGGCUCCAACUAUCAGAUAUCGCAAUGGCACUUUCUAUAUUGUAACCACCUUGGUUCAUGACGAUCGAGACGCGUUCGACUCGAAACGUUGGGACAACGUCAUUUUCUCCUCCAGAGAUCCCUACGAUGACGCGGCGUGGUCCGAUGCUGUCCAUUUUGCCUUUGAAGGCUACGACACCAGUCCAUUCUGGGACGAUGAUGGCCAAGUCUACAUGACGGGUUCACAUGCUUACAAAGUGAGGCCUGGAAUCGAUCAGAUGCCCAUCAAUCUUCAGACUGGAGAAACGGGUGAGCAUGUCAACAUCUGGAAUGGGACCGGAGGCCUAGCGCCCGAAGGCCCGCAUGUGUACAAGAAGGAUGGGCUAUACUACCUGAUGAUUGCCGAGGGUGGGACCGGUCUCAACCACAUGGAAACGAUCGCCCGAUCCUCGUCCGCAAACGGUCCCUAUGAACCAUAUCAGGGGAAUCCCAUCUUGUCAAAUGCGAAUACCUCCGAAUAUUUUCAGACUGUUGGCCACGUUGACCUAUUCCAAGACACAGCCGGGAAAUGGUGGGGCGUCGCACUUGCUACACGCUCGGGGCCUCAGUUUCUCACAUACCCAAUGGGUCGCGAGACUGUACUCUUCCCUGUGACCUGGGACGAGGGAGAAUGGCCUGUUCUUUCUCAGGUGAGGGGCCACAUGACUGGCUGGCCGCGCCCGUCGGCGCCAGGCUCCAUUGUGGGAGCGGGGCCAUUUAUCUCAUCCCCUGACGUUGUGGAUUUCGCCCCGGGGACGGCCCUCCCUCUCCACUUUUUGCACUGGCGAUUCCCAAGGGCAGAUGCAUAUGCCAUUUCACCACCCGGACAUGAAUACAGCCUGAGGUUGAAACCGUCAAGGCUGAACCUGACAGCAUACGACGCACAAAACGCGACUGAGGACCAGACACUGCUGGCCAGACGCCAGGUCGACACACUAUUCACUUUUGGUGUGGAUAUCACAUUCUCGCCGCAACACGAGGAAGAUGAAGCAGGAGUAACAGUGUUCCUCACUCAGAAUCAUCACAUGGAUCUUGGCCUUGUCCUACUCCCUUCUCGAGAUAAUGACUCGGUUACAUCCGCGCCGACGCUGAGGCCACAUUUCCGCUUCCGCGCGACAAGCUAUGUCGCUGUUCCGGAUCCGGUGGUGGUGCCCGUGCCUGAUGCCUGGGUAGACCAGACUCUCAGGUUCGAGAUCAAGGCUGCUAAUUUGACUCAUUAUUCUUUUUCUGUCGGGCCGAGUGCACAUCAGUCGCAGAUGACGACGGUCAUGUAUGGCGCCGGCAGCGUGGUUAGCUGGGGUUUCACAGGAACGCUAGUCGGCGUCUAUGCUACUAGUAACGGCGGCAAUGGCUCGACGGAUGCAUAUGUGAGCCGAUGGAGGCCCCAUCAAACUCGCUUUCCUUUCGAAGCGGCAGGAGACCUCACGAUGCUCGUGCACAUCUUCGUCAUCGGCCUCUUCACCGCAUUGCUCUACCGGCAUGUCAUCUACCCGCUCCUGCUUUCUCCGCUGAGCCGCAUCCCCGCGCCGCACUGGUCAUGCCACAUCUGUCCGCUCUGGAUUUACGACCGCCGGCGCCGCGCACGCGAGGUGCGCAGCGUGCACGCCGCGCAUCAGGCUCUGGGCCCUGUCGUGCGGCUUGCACCCAACGAGAUCUCGGUCGCUAGCAUCAAAGGCGGGAUAAGUAGGGUGUACGCCGGCGGGUGGGAGAAGGAUGGAUGGUAUGAAUUUUUUGCGAAUUUCGGUGUCCCCCCAAUGUUCGCUACAGCCGGUGCAAAGCCGCACUCGACUCGGAAGCGCAUGAUCAGCAAUAUCUACUCCAAAUCCACCAUUCAAUCCGCGCCAUCCCUCCGUGCAGCCACCGCCGUCAUCUUGCAUGACCGUCUCCUUCCUCUUCUGGCUUCCUUGACCUCCAGCGGCAGUGACGACGACAAUGGCGGUAAGACCUCGGUGGCGACCAGCAUCUAUCCUCUCAUCAGCGGUCUGACUAUGGAUUUCGUGACGUCGCACAUCUUCGGCCUGGCGUCGGGUACCAACUUCACGCAAGAUGCCGAAGCGCGUGGCCGCUUCUUGCACUGGUACAAAUGCCGCCAUGGUUACUCGUUCUGGCCGCAGGAGUUCCCGGGCUUCACGAGCUGGGUGAAGCGGUGGCUUGGUUUGAGGCUGGCCCCCGAGUUCGUGGAUCAGGCAAACCGGGACAUUGAGAGCAUGACGUGGGACAUGUGCGAGAAGGCUGCGGCUGUCUUGGCGCAGAGCCCGGAGGAGGAGGACUUGGCGUCCUCGAGGCCGGAGGCCUAUCCUGCCGUGUACAGUCAGCUCAGCGCUGCGCUGGAGAAAAACUUGGCGAAGAAGGCAGACAGCACCACUCCUUGCGACAUGUCUGAGCGCCGCGUGCAGAUCGCCUCGGAAGUGCUUGAUCACUUAGCUGCUGGCUUUGAUACCUCGGGAAUUACGUUGGUCUAUCUUGUGCAUGAGCUGUCUCAGCGUCCCGAGCUCCAGAAAGCUCUCCGGUCUGAGCUUCUCAGCCUAUCCACGCCCAUCACCGCUGCAUCUGCACCUGAGAUCCCCGACGCGAAGGAGCUUGAUUCGUUGCCGCUGCUCCAGGCCGUGCUGCAGGAAACACUUCGUCUACACUCUGCGAUCCCUGGCAUGCAACCGCGCACAUCGCCGGCCGGCGCAUCGCUAGGCCCGCCAGGACACGAGUACGCUGGCUUGCCAGCCAAGGUGCGUGUGGCUAGUCAAGCAUGGACGCUGCACCGCAAUGAAGAGGUCUUUCCAGACGCAGAGCAGUGGAAGCCAGAAAGGUGGCUGGAUGAAAAGGGCGGCUUGCUCACUGCAGAGAGCGAGAGUGGCGGCGAACAGUACCGUGAGAUGAUGAGAUGGUUUUGGGCCUUUGGCAGUGGCGGAAGGAUGUGUAUCGGCAGCCAUUUGGCCACCUAUCAGAUGAAGUUCAUCAUCGCCGCAAUCUAUUCAAACUACGAAACCAAUAUCGUGAGCGACGAGGGUAUCCAGCAGUGUGAUGCAUACACUGCGCCGCCCGUGUCCGACGAGCCCCUGAUGGUAACUUUCAGGCGUGCAAAGUGA